AUGUUCCACAUCAACACUGCGCAUCUGGACCGGGGGCCUUGGGGUGGCCUUGCCUGGGGCCCUGGCUCCCGCGGGGUCCGGGGGCCUCCGGGGGCCCACGGGGGGCCCCGGACCCCAGAGCUGCGGUUAUUUUCUUCCUGCCUGAAAGCAGCUCUGCUCGGUUCUGGUUCUGAAACGGUUAAGCUCCACCUCUCUGGAGUAAACGGACACCGCGCGCGCACACACCUGACCCCGCCCACCCCGGACACCCCCACGGGAGCAGUCAACGCUCCCUCGGGACUCGUCAUGAAGCUCCUCCUCCUCCUGCUGCUGGUGAUGAAGAUGAUGAUGAAGUCAUCGGCUCAACUGUCCAACCCAGAGUCUGUUCAUCUUCACCUCAGGAUCUUGAAGUUCCCCAACACCCUGAACGCUGAAGACACCAGGAAGGCCAUCAGCAUCGCCUUCGCCAAGUGGAGCGACGUGUCGCCACUAAGCUUCACCGAGGUUACCGACAGCAACACCACCACAGACAUCACCAUUGGUUUCUACACCUUCAACCACACCGACUGGUGUUUGGAUAAGAAACGGGUCUGUGAUCCGUGGGCUCGACUCGGUUUUUGUGAAAGGAGAAAGGCCUUCAUGAAGAAGAACUGUCCUCGACGCUGUGACCUCUGCUACGAGCCCCUGGAGGUCGUUGCCACGCCAACGCCAUCUUCUGCCAACAUCAAGGUCAAGAUGGUUCCCCGAGGGAAGGUGGUGGGUUUCCGCUGCGGAACCAAAUCUCUCCGCUCCCCCCCAAAAGUCAGAGUCUGA